AUAAUUCUCCUUGCCACUAAACUCGGAACUUGGAGGGCAAGCAACGACAGGGGUCCGGGCGAGGGAGGGUUUAGCCCUUUUCUCGCUGCUCUUCCUCCUUCGCCGACCUCCUCUCUUCGAUCCUUCGUCAGUAUCGGUGGGACGAGAUGUUGACCCAGCGGCUGCGCCGCUCCGGUAUCUUUCGCACGGUGAGCCCGCGGAUUUGGGGCCGCGGCGAGGGUUCCGCCUCCCAUCCAAUGGUUCUUCCCGAUCUCAAGAGGAAGGUGUCCAACACCUGGUCAGCAGUCCAGGAGACAUAUCUCUCCACCAAGAAUGUUUUCGAGACUCAUAGGGUGGUCUUCACUAUUGGAACAUCUAUUGCAUCUGUUCUUACUGCAUGGGCAGGUUAUUCUCUGCGUCAGAUCCAUCAGUCAAACAUUGAAAAAAGGCUCGAGUCAAUGGAACAAGCUUUAAAAAAGAGUUAUAGCGUUGAUCAUGAAGAGAUUAAAAAAAUUGCAAACUCUGGGAAUGUCAGCUCUGCUGCUUUCAUUGCAACAGCUGGAACAUCUCUUAUUGUCGGCUAUGGCCUGGGUUGGAGAGGCGGACAAUGGUACGCCAACAGGAAAUUUCGCAGAGAGCAGCUCAAGUUGAUGGGUCAGUUGAAGCCCCAGCGAUGGCAACUGUUGAGGAAGUCCUUUGGAAAUUUUAGGAGAACGCCGGCCUCUAAAAUCGCAGAGAUCCCUGGCAUUGCCAAUGUUGGUUCACUGCACCCCAAUAAAUGAAUAAAUUUUGACCUUUGCCGACAGAUGAAAAGGAUAGUAUUUUUUUUGUUAUUGUUCUUGCAAAGUUAUUGGAGCAAAAACCAAUUCCUUCUUCAUUUCUUGUACAGAAUCUUUCCUCAGAUACAGCGACAAUGAUAUUGUUUUUGUUUUUAGUUUUUCUUUUUGCUGGGUGGAGAAAUUGUAUGGUCUACAAUUGUAUACUUAAUAGAAUUCCCUAUCUAAUUUGCAUGAAUUCAAUGAUGAUUUA